ACAUUUCACUAACCACUUCCAUAGGACUAGGUCUUAGAAAAAAAAAGGAACCAUGAAGUCCUUUGUCAUAUUACUUGUGUGCGUCGCGGUCGCUUCUUGCAAGCCCGCAGGUGGUGAAGACGACGUCCUAGGUUCGGUGGUUGGUGUUGUCAAGAGCUGUGGGGAGAAGGAUGUCUCCUUGUGUCUGAAGGAGAGAGCGCUAAAAUACGUGGACAACUUCAACGCAGCUAGGGAAGUGAACGUGGUUGAUGGCAUCACCCUGGUUGGCACUGGGUCAUCCCGCUCCGCCAGGUCCUUCGAGCCUCUUGCUGACGAGCCCAUUGCUAGGGAAAGCCAGGUCGAGAACCGCCUCAUCGAUGGAGUCGCUGACUUCUUGGAGAACCAUGUCAUCCAGCUACGCAUGCCUAAGAGCACUGUUGAGGACGUCAAGCGAUCCCUUGAGGAAGGUCGUGGCAAGAAGAAGAAGCUGAAGCAGCUCCUCCCCAUCCUGGGACUCCUGCAGCUGAAGAUCCAGUCUCUCAUCCCCCUGUUCCUUGCCAUCAUCGCUUUCGCCGCCAUCAAGGGUCUGUUCUUGGCCAAGGCCGCCGUCAUCGCAUCCGGAAUCCUGCUGCUGAAGAAGCUUCUGUCCAAGCAUGAGCACCACGAGAGCUACGAGGUGGUGGCCCAUCCUCAUCACGAGGAGCACUACAGCCACGGCGGCCACGGUGGCGGCUGGGGCCGAUCCGCUCAGGACGCCCAGAACUUGGCCUACAGCGCCUACGCUAACUAAAUCCUCAAGAUUUCUUAGCAGACCAAAAGUUCAAAACCUAAGAUGUAUAUCCUUCGGGAUCGUUUAGUCUCAAUGGUUGUGUGGUUUAUCCGCACUUCAUUUGUUAAUGGAGAUUCUUAAUUUAUUGUUGUUAAUUUAAUAAUUUAUUUAACUUAUUUUGUCUGUUGGUUUGUGCGUGCGAGUGUGUAUAUGUCUUUUAGCCUGAUUUGUUUAUUGUACACCCUCAGUUACUUCUGUACCUGUUUUUUUUGUUUUAGUUAUUUUAUUGUUUCAUUUUUAUUAAUCUGGUUCAGUAGCUUUAAUAUUGUGCUAUAUUAUUUUUAUGUAUUUACUAUGUCCUUGUCUAUUUCUUAUCAUGAUAGACAUCUAUAUCUAUAUUUAUCUAAUCUAAUGUAUCUUUUGUAAAUAUUUUUCCUAUCAAAUUAUUUACGUAUCAUAUUGUUUUUUGCAUCUUCAUUGAAUUUUAUAAAUAUGUAUUGUAUUAUAUUGUUAUUUAUGUAUGUUUAUGUACCUGUGAUUUACAUUUAAUUGUAUAGUUUUUUUUUACCAAAUGUACAAACUUUGUUCUUUUGUUAAGUACAUGUAUUGUUGUGUUAGUUACAGUUAUUAAGGCAUUUACUCGUAUGAAAUAAACAAAUAAACGUCACCAGUCAUUUCUAA